GCAUUCCGUGGGUAAUGCCCCACUAAACCCAGUAUUAUCAGGCUGAGAAGAACAUAGAUACCAGUAAAUGUUUAUGUUGGUUUCUGGUGGUUUUGUAAUGUGUUUUGGCUUUUCUUGAUGGGUUGAUAUCACAGUGUAAAGGAUUGUAAUGGUCAGGUCACCUGGGACUGAUUCCAGAUGCAUUUGAUGGGUUCCUAAUGUGAUGUAAAGGUGUCUUAAAGGAAAAUAGUGGUCUCUAAUGGGUAUCCUUAAGCCCAUUCCCAUUACGAAGCAAAAACAUUAGGUUUUAAUUCUAGUGGUUCUAAUGGUAUGUAGGGUAUGUACAUGCUUCUAUACUGACAAGAGGCAAAAAUAAGUGAAAGUGCAGUUUGUGAUUUGCUUAACGUAAAAGAGGUUUGCAUGAAUCACCUUGUAUUAACUGCAUUUAGGGAUGCGCUGUAUGUUGUAUAAAGGUAAAUGAGCAGAUUUGCUAAAUGAGCAGAUCUUCGGUGAUUUGUGUAAAUGUUGCUCCUGUUGAUUCUCUCUUAAAUGUGUGGCUUAUUUGGAAAAAAAAGGUGAGGACCACUGCUGUACAGAUUUAGGCCUACUAAACAUUUCUCACAUGUGUGUUCCUAUUUUUGUCUGCCAUGCAGAAAUGUAACAAUACACUCAGCCCCAGACUCGGGACGGGAUUAGUUCGGACAGGAUUAGUUUUAGGUGUAAUGUAAUUUUUGAAUCUGAGUGAUUUUGUCAUGUCAGUAAAGAUUCUGACCCUUUUUACUUUAUAUAAAAUUAGCUGUAGGAAUAAAACGAAAUUAUAUUAAUCCUUUAUGAAUUGACAUGUCAUUAAAAUGCUCUUAUUUAAAUCCAGAGAAAACAAUCUACGUGCCAUCCUAAUGUUCUGUAAAGUUAUAAAGACCAGAAUGUACAAUUUAUUGGUAUCUUUAAUUGUCUGAAGUGUGCACAAGUUGAAAAUGUCCUUUAUGCAGCUGCAUGAACAGGUAUCCGUACACUCAUUGCGAGGUUGAGGAGUGAAAACCAGACUCAGAUCAGUUUCAUAAACCUUCCACAACAGCUUUAAUAGAAGCAAAGCUGUUGGCUGUGGAGUCCCCAUAAAUAGUCUACACCUUUAUCUCUUGUUGAAGUCACAUUAGCUCCAAAGGUCACUUAUUUCAUAACUUUCGCUAUUAUAGCGUCAGCAAACUGCAGUGGCCGUCACAGUAGAGAAGUUCCAGCAUAUCUGUUAUUAUUUGCCAUCAUCUGAUUAAAUAUGAGUGCUUCUAGAGAUGCCAAGGUCGUGGUGGUGGGUGCAGGAUUUGCAGGUUUGGCUGCAGCAGUCUCUCUGGUCCAGGCUGGUUUUCAGCACAUCCAAAUCCUUGAGGCUAAUGGACGAGUUGGAGGCAGAGUCCACACCACCAGACCAUUCAGCAAGAAUAUUAUAGAACUUGGUGCCAAUUGGAUCCAUGGCCAGGAUGGGAACCCGAUUUUCCAACUAGCCAAAGAAGGUGACUUGUUGGUUGAAGGGAUGACUUCCAGCAAAGUAAUGUGCUUGCCCCGCUCAGUAACUCCCCGUGAUUACUUUUUUAAGCAAGGUGGAAAACAGCUUUCUGCUGAAACUGUUGAUCAGGUGUGCUCCCUGUUCAGUAAACUCACCUCCAAGGCCUUUGAGUCAGAGCUGGAAGACAGACACCGACCCUUAAGUCUGGGGAGUUAUCUUGAUGCUGCCUUUGCCGAAUCACCUUUAGCUGCUUCUGAAGAUUCUGAAAGACAAAGGAUUUUUGAGUGGUGUAAGAGAAGUGAAUGCACAGAUGAGGCAAGUUCAUCGUUAUAUGAAGUGUCUGCAUCGCAGAUUGGUUAUUACAUUGCUCUUGAGGGAGGCUUUUUUAACUCUUUGGGUCCUGGGGGCUACCAGGCAAUAUUAGAUAUUUUUUUGAAACGUUUGCCUUCAGGAAUGAUCCUGAACAAUAAACCAGUGAAGAGCAUCCACUGGGACUUGAAGGAGAAAUCCCAGGGCACUGAGAGCAGAGAGAUGCAUCCUGUGAAGGUGAUCUGUGAGAAUGAUGAGAUAUUUGAAGCUGACCAUGUAAUUGUAACUGUGUCUUUGGGGGUUUUAAAGCAACAGGCAGCAGCUAUGUUUAAACCAGCCUUACCAAAAUCUAAGUUGGAUGCUAUUGAGAGGCUCGGCUUUGGUACGGUGGACAAGAUCUUCCUGUGUUUUAGUGAGAGGUUUUGGCCAGAAGACUGUGCUGGAAUCCAACUCGUGUGGGACGAGGGGCCUGAAGAUAAGUCAGUCUACACUUCUCAAACUGAAGAAGCCUGGAAAGAGACAUGGUUCAAGAAGAUCUGUGGUUUUGAUACUGUGGCCCGCCACCCUACAGUACUCUGUGGCUGGAUCACAGGCAGAGAAGCCCUUCACAUGGAGACUCUUCAAGACAGUGAAGUGGGAGAUACCUGUGUGAGACUGCUCAGGUCCUUCACCGGCUGGUCUGUUCCUGAUGUGUCCCAAGUGCUGAUCUCCAGGUGGGGUUGUGACCCUUGCACCCUUGGUUCCUAUACAUUUGUUCCUCACAAUGUGAAUGCGGUGAAGGAGCAUGAGGCACUAGCAGCACCUCUUCCCCUUCAAAAUAAAGUCCCAGAGAGCAAGCCUCUGCAGGUGCUGUUUGCAGGAGAAGCCACUCAUGUGAACUUCUACACCACCACCCAUGGAGCCUACCUCUCAGGAGUCAGAGAAGCACAGAGACUCAUAAAUCUCUACACUGAUAAGACACUCAGUCAAUAGAGAACAAAAUCCUAACUUUUGUGACUUUCUUUUCAUUGGAGAUUUUUAUGACUGUGCAAUGAUUGACAGACUACAUGAGCAUUAUCUUUGCAUUUUUCAAGGACAUGAGCCAAAGUUGUUGGAGCCCACUGAGUAAGACAUACUCUCUUGGGGCACUAUGACUGACAUAUAUUUGAAGUAUUUGAAACCAUAGGAGCAUUGCUAUCUUUAAUUUUUGAGCAGAUUCCCAGCUUUAUUGUUAAAGGGGUCAGGGUCCCUCCUCUCCCCUUGAACUCAGAUUGUAUGAGUUGAAAUGACAUUAUUACUUGUGAUUAUUGUUAUAGCUCCCCUAACGAACUAAGGGUUUUGAAUUUGAUACAUUUUGUUGCACUUACAAUACAAAGAACAAGGCAGUUCUUACUCAUGAGUACUCAUUUCUUAUCUGUGUUAAUUUACUACACGAAAGGGAAAGCCUGGAAUUGAAAUGUCCCUUUUCCCAAAUUUCAUUCAGUCACCUGGAGAUCAAGGCUAGCCUUACAGUAGCAGGUAGCCACACACGGGAGUCUUCAACUACUCAUCACGGCCCUUAUGAAUCUCUUUUAUGGAUAGCAACCAAUUACUUGUGAUCUCUUAAAUGUUGCAGUACGUAGUAAUAAUAAUUUUAUCUAGGAUCAUUUGCAAUGAUGCUGUAAUCCUACAGAUUUCAUGCACUCCUAUAUCGGAAGGUAAAGAUAAAAUUAGAAAACUGCAGCACAAAAGACUGACGUCUUUAAGCUUCAUAAUUUGAUUUAGUAAAUGAGCUUCGGUCAGCAACAGUUUGUAAUUUUGAUUCCAGGGAACAAUAUUUAAGUUUGUGCUUCCAGGCUUUUGUAUGAUUAAGGAGAUUAAUGUUUAAUCAUGAUCAUUUCAGUGAAUAUCAGUGUUUGCACCUCUACCUCAAACCAUGAGCUCUAAAACGGUUUCUCCGUUUCUGACUCAAGCAAUUCAUAACUAUGUGCCAAAAUCAAAGAAGGGAUUUUGUAUGGCAUUUCAAUGUUUGCAUAUUCUAAAUGCAAAUUACCUGUUAUUAAAUAUAUACUGUACUGCAGUGGA